AUGUCGGGAGCACUAGGACUGCGUCAGCAGGGCGUGGAGCUCGAGAGCAUCAUGCGCAGCGUCGAAGGCGUAGAGCGCAAGACGCGCAUCUUCUGCACGCUGGGCCCUUCCUGCUGGACCGAGGAGGGGCUGGGCGAGCUCAUUGACUCCGGUAUGAACGUGGCCCGCUUCAACUUCUCGCACGGCGACCACGCCAGUCACGCCGAGACACUCAACCGUCUGCGCUCUGCGCUGGCCUCGCGUCCGCACAAGAAUAUCGCUAUCAUGCUGGAUACCAAGGGCCCGGAGAUCCGCACAGGUUUCCUGGCCAACAAGGACAAGAUCACCAUCAAGAAAGGCUCGACAGUCGAGCUCACCACGGACUACGAGUUCCUAGGCGAUGAGACCAAGAUCGCCUGCUCGUACCCGGAGCUACCGCAGUCCGUCAAGGUCGGCGGAUCAAUCCUCGUGGCUGACGGCUCGCUGGUGCUCACAGUUACGGAGAUUAAGGACGACAGCGUCGUGACUCGGGCCAACAACUCGGCCACACUGGGCGAGCGUAAGAACAUGAACUUGCCUGGCUGCAAGGUGAUGCUACCGACUCUGACCGAGAAGGACGAGGACGAUCUGGUGAACUUCGGCUUGGUGCAUGGUGUGGACUAUAUUGCCGCCUCCUUCGUGCGUACGGGCCAGGAUAUCGACAAUAUCCGCCAGGUGCUUGGCCCUCGUGGCCGCGCUAUCAAGAUUAUCGCCAAGAUCGAGAGCCAGGAAGGCCUGGAGAACUUUGACGAAAUUCUGGACAAGACGGACGGUAUCAUGGUGGCCCGCGGUGAUCUGGGCAUGGAAAUCCCGCCUGAGAAGGUGUUUUUGGCCCAGAAGAUGAUGAUCCGUAAGGCGAAUAUCGCUGGUAAGCCAGUGGUGACCGCCACGCAGAUGCUGGAGUCGAUGAUCAAGGCACCCCGACCGACUCGUGCAGAGUGUACCGAUGUAGCCAACGCUGUGCUAGACGGUACGGAUGCUGUGAUGCUGUCGGGCGAGACUGCGAACGGUGACUACCCGACUGAGGCCGUGCAGAUGAUGUCCAAGAUCUGCGUCCAGGCUGAAGGAGCCAUCCACUACAACGAGCUGUACCAGGCUCUGCACAACUCGGUGCUUGACACGUACGGCCAGAUGGAUACGCAGGAGGCCAUCACGUCGUCGGCAGUGAAGACUGCUAUCGACAUUAACGCCAAGAUGAUCGUGGUGCUGACGGAGUCUGGCAACACUGCGCGUCUGGUGUCCAAGUUCCGUCCUUCGAUGCCUGUAUUGGUGCUUACAGCUCUGGGUGGAACUGCUCGCCAGGCUGAGGGCUUCAAUAAGGGCGUCACUGCGCGCUGCAUGGGCUCGAUGAUCGGUACAGACUCGAUCUUGUAUCGUGCAACGGACUUAGGCAAGCAAUUUGGCUGGGUGAAGCCUGGUGACAACGUCGUCGCUCUGCACGGCAUGGUGGAAGCGCGCUCGGGAUCGACUAACAUGCUCAAGGUGCUAACUGUGGAAUAA